AUGUCCACCAGCUACCCAGAAACGAGCAGCUCAAGGGCAGCUUUGGUAUCAGUAGCCGCCAGAACGCAGGCUCAAGCAGCGCAGAAUGGGUCUGGGCAAGUUGCGAACCCCUCAACACCCCUUCGGCCCGUCGUCUCCACUUCUGGAUUCACCUUUCCUGCCAUCUGGUCAUUUCCUCCUUUCUUCACAUUACAGCCCAACCCAGCGACACUGGCACAUCAGCUGAAUCUCUGGUCUGAGCUCGUCCUCUCUUGGGCAAGAUAUGAGCGGGUCUGGACGGUCAAUUGCGAUGGUGUCGACGGAGGCGGUGCUGUCUUCUGGAAUCGGAGUAUAUUGAGAAGGCUACUCCCAGCAACGCUGAAGCAGCUCAUGGCACACAUGGCGAAGGAGGGACAUACAAUAGCGGACCCCCCAAAGCAGACUUCAACAUACUUACUAUACUGGCGGAAACCAGCCGACUGGGGACAGGCAAUAUAUGACUGGGUCACCGAUACUGGGCAGACAGGCUCCAUAUUGACCUUUUACGAGCUGACAGAGGGGGAUCUGGCUGAAACGACCGAGUUCCGCGGUUUAUAUCCUGCCAUUCUGCGGAAAGCGAUAGAAGGGCUGGUGAAGAAGGGGAAGGCGCAGGUGAUCAAGGGCGAGGACGGGACUGGGGACGGUGUGCGGUUCCUGUGA